CUGUGUUACAACCCAACAUACAUACGAACAAAACAAUCAUAUCGCAUUUAAUUGAUGCAUUCUUUUCAAUUUCUAUAAUUUCACAAUACGAUAGGUUCUAAAUAGCAGAAUGAAUGACAUCAGACGUCUGAAAGAUCAGCAACGCGAAAAACAUCCUGGAUUUGAUGCCUAUAUGGAAUGUAUGACCCGGUCAUUGUUUACCGGUUUGGCAUCAUUUUGUCUUGGGUUUUCCGGUUUUUACUUCGCCCAGAAGAUCGUACAAUCGAAAAUACGUUAUCCUCAACAAUAUAAUAUCCUGAUCUCCACUUUGGCAGCAACUGUGAUAGGUUACGAGGUGACAAGUAAAAGAACAAAAUCGUGUCAAGCAGCUUGGAUGGCAGUGGAAGAUAAACAUAGCAUACUUAAAGAAAAAGAUUAUUAAUAAAAAAAAAACAGUUUACACAAACAAA